AUUCCCCAAUAAAGCGCUGUCAGAAGAACUCCGGUUGCCGCGUCUUCCUUGCUGGCGAGGCGGGCGCGACACAGUGCGAUUAGAGAGCUGUGAGUUGGGGUUCUACAGCACACAGAGAGACUCCUAGAAAGUAUUAUAGAACAAAUGUCUGGCCUGUCGUGGAUGGUUCUUGGUUGGUCAUACGGGGUUUGGGCUGUGUGCAGAAAAAUGACCAAAUCCAAGCAGCUUCCGAGAUUAUGACCACAUGGGGCCACUGAGCUGUGGAUCUGAGUCAUGGGGUCAGGGGAAGAGGAAAAAAUGGCAGGGAGGAUGAUGUCACUGCCCAUAAACUUAUCCUCUGAGUGGGUGGUGACUUCUCAUUGCUGUCCUUUUCCCACAUCCCCAGGGCGGGAGUGAUAGGGAAGUCCAUUAGCAAAAGGAGAAGGGUACAGACAGGGCAUGGGGGAAGGGGAAAGGAGUGAGGACUGGUCCAUGUGAUCUUUGAGAAAUAUCCUUUAGUCUGUUGGCUCAGAAUGGACCCCACACCUGGGAGAGGGCCACAUGCAGUAUUAUGCAGCCCUUGCCUGCCGCCCCGUUCUGCCACCCUGCAGCGUGCCUGAUAGGAGCGCGGGGCUUUUGGUUUUGGGGGUAGGCCUGUGCUGGAUGCUUCAUAGACAUCGUGUCAUUGAAUCGUCAUAGUCCUAUGAGAUAGAGAGUCCUCAGUACCACUGUGCAGAUGGGGAAACUGAGAUCUAGAAAGGGCAAGUCACAGCCAAAGACGCAGGCGGGCAAACCGUGGAGCCGGGCUGUUGUCUGCCUCCAGAACUGGCUCUCUCUGCCACUCUGGAGGCAGGAGCAGGUUUUACUUGUCAUUCUAGAACCUGAUUAAAGCAUGCUAAGGGUCCCCACAGGGAGGCAGAAGGACUCUGGGGAGCUGGGGAGAGGGCAGGCCUCACCUGGGUGACCCUGAGACCAGUGGUCUUCACAGAGCGAUUGCGGCCUUUGCCAAGAGUUCUUGCCCUUCCUUACACUGGUGCCUCCGGGGUCCCUCCAGAUCUGGCCAGUGCUCCUGGCCAGCUGCCCCCAUUCUCCAUCAUUCUCUUUGUGGACUGGAGAAUGGAGGCCUUCUCCGCACCUCCGGUGUGGCGGGCGUUGGCCUUCCCUGGGCAGAGGGGGUGUGGGUGUCGGAGGGAAUCCACAGGAACUGAGGCGAGAAGCGUUCUUUCUUGGCAGCCUUGGAACAGGGAGAGAUACUAUGUCUAGGAGGCAGGGGUUCCAGGUCACCCUAAAAUUAAUGCAGGCUCCUAGGAGCGCGCCCCACGCGGGAGACACUGGAAUGUGUGUUUGUGGGGGAGGCCAUGUGCCGGGCGGCACGGUUCCGGCAGGACUGGAGCCCAGGGUGCUGGAGCUGUCACCUGGCCUCUGGGAAGGGGAAGGAGGAGAUGACCCCUGGAAUGAGCCAGACCCAGUGAUGGAGUCGAGUUGUGCAGUUGCUGCUUUGGAGCUGGGGGGCGGGCGCGGCUCUGGGUGGAAAGAGGGGCACAGAGAGUACUGGUCCGUGAGACCAGUGUAUGGCCUCACAGAGGAACUCUGAGCCAGGGAGAGUGGGUGGGGGGAAAUGGGAGGCCAGUGCAGAGGGGCCCAGGGGGCCUCGUCCCCAUGCCUAUGGCAGUAAUAACGUUUUGGUGCUAGGCCCUUUCCUUUCUCUCUCUGCUGUCUUAUUUUAUUCUUACAGUAGCCCUGUGGGGUUGGGAUUGUCACCCCCGUUUUGGAGAUGUCUUAAACAGGUUACGUCAUUUACACUUGGUCACAUGUUUAGCAAGACUUCUGUGUCAGAAUUUGAACCCAGGACUGCCUGCUCCUAGCCCAUGCUGUGCCCUGGCAGGCAAGGUGGCCUGGGAGUUCCAUGUAACAGUGGAGGGAUCCAGGCCUGGGGGUGCUCAUCAGCUGGCUCUUAGCAUCUCUGCUGGUGACUAAGGACUUGAACAGCCAGCCUCACCUGUGUGGCUCAGAUUCCCAUCUGUACCAUGGGCGUGGGGAUUGGGACUGGACCAGCGGAGCUCCAAGAGGCCUACAAGCUCUGAGGACUGGCGGAGGCUGCUACACUCCGGAGAGAGAAUCCCUGGGAGAGCCAGAGGGGUCUGGCGCGUAGGGGCAGCCUUCCCCUACGGAGAGCCCAGCUGUCAGCUGCCCCACAGGAAGAUGCUGCGUGGACGCGGCAGGCCCGGCAUGGCCGUGCACGUGGGUGCAGCCCUUGGAGUGCUGUGCCUCUGCCUCACAGGAGCUGUGGAGGUCCAGGUCCCCGAAGACCCGGUGGUGGCCCUGGUGGGCACUGACGCCACCCUGCGCUGCUCCUUCUCCCCCGAGCCGGGCUUCAGCCUGGCGCAGCUCAACCUCAUCUGGCAGCUGACGGACACCAAACAGCUGGUGCACAGCUUCGCCGAGGGCCGGGACCAGGGCAGCGCCUACGCCAACCGCACAGCGCUCUUCCCCGACCUGCUGGCUCAGGGCAACGCGUCCCUGCGGCUGCAGCGCGUGCGCGUGGCGGACGAGGGCAGCUUCACCUGCUUCGUGAGCAUCCGGGACUUCGGCAGUGCUGCGGUCAGCCUGCAGGUGGCCGCACCCUACUCGAAGCCCAGCAUGACCCUGGAGCCCAACAAGGACCUGCGGCCUGGGGACAUGGUGACCAUCACGUGCUCCAGCUACCGGGGCUACCCCGAGGCCGAGGUGUUCUGGCAGGAUGGGCAGGGUGCGCCGUUGACCGGCAACGUGACCACGUCGCAGAUGGCCAACGAGCAGGGCUUGUUCGACGUGCACAGCGUCCUGAGGGUGGUGCUGGGCGCCAAUGGCACCUACAGCUGCCUGGUGCGCAACCCGGUGCUGCGGCAGGACGCACAUGGCUCCGUCACCAUCACACCGCAUAGAAGCCCCACAGGAGCUGUGGAGGUCCAGGUCCCCGAAGACCCGGUGGUGGCCCUGGUGGGCACUGACGCCACCCUGCGCUGCUCCUUCUCCCCCGAGCCGGGCUUCAGCCUGGCGCAGCUCAACCUCAUCUGGCAGCUGACGGACACCAAACAGCUGGUGCACAGCUUCGCCGAGGGCCGGGACCAGGGCAGCGCCUACGCCAACCGCACAGCGCUCUUCCCCGACCUGCUGGCUCAGGGCAACGCGUCCCUGCGGCUGCAGCGGGUGCGCGUGGCGGACGAGGGCAGCUUCACCUGCUUCGUGAGCAUCCGGGACUUCGGCAGUGCUGCGGUCAGCCUGCAGGUGGCCGCACCCUACUCGAAGCCCAGCAUGACCCUGGAGCCCAACAAGGACCUGCGGCCUGGGGACAUGGUGACCAUCACGUGCUCCAGCUACCGGGGCUACCCCGAGGCCGAGGUGUUCUGGCAGGAUGGGCAGGGUGCGCCGUUGACCGGCAACGUGACCACGUCGCAGAUGGCCAACGAGCAGGGCUUGUUCGACGUGCACAGCGUCCUGAGGGUGGUGCUGGGCGCCAAUGGCACCUACAGCUGCCUGGUGCGCAACCCGGUGCUGCGGCAGGACGCACAUGGCUCCGUCACCAUCACAGGGCAGCCCGUGGCAUUCCCCCCCGAGGCCCUGUGGGUGACCGUGGGGCUGUCCGUCUGUCUCGCCGCACUGCUGGUGGCCCUGGCCGUCGUGUGCUGGAGAAAGAUCAGACAGAGCUGUGAGGAGGAGAAUGCAGGAGCUGAGGACCAGGAUGGGGAGGGAGAAGGCUCCAAGACAGCCCUGCAGCCUCUGAAGCACUCCGAAAGCAAAGAAGAUGAUGGACAAGAAAUAGUCUGACCACAGGGACCAGGGAGCUGCUGCCUCCUGCCUGGGUGCACUGCGGCCUCGGUGUGAGCCCUGCCCCCAACAGAUGGGUCCCGCUCUGGCAGGUGUGCUUGUUCUCCAAAGGAUGUGACACGCAGGCCACCCUGCAGCCUUACUUCUCAGUGGACGCGAUUCCCAAGUCAUCCUGCUGCUUGUUUCUUAGGGACGCAGCACACAGACCACCC